UCUGCAAACCUGGUGUUUCCUGCCCACAAUCUGCAAGGGCAGGCAGCCAAGUCCAGCCUUCCUUCACCGGUGCACCCUCCCGCCCUCUGCCCCAUGACGUACAGUCCACUGCGUCAGGACAACGCCCACCGGGGCGUGACUUUGGCUUGGACCCAAGCAGCAGACACCCUGGGAGCCUCUCCUCUUCUCCCCACUGCCAGGAUAAAAGCCUCUGUAGCACUUACUCUAAGCAAAGACACCUGCAGUUGACUCUUGAGCAAGAGAAGUCCCCACUUUGGAGUCAACAUGUCCGCGGUGGUCCUGAAGACCCGAGGCUUAGGCAGGAAGCUCUCUGACUUUGGACAGGAAACAAGUUAUAUUGAAGAAAACAUCAAUGAAAAUGGUGCUAUAUCCCUGAUCUUCUCUCUGAAGGAAGAAGUUGGUGCACUGGCCAAAGUCCUGCGCUUAUUUGAGGAGAAUGAUAUAAAUCUGACCCAUAUCGAAUCCAGACCUUCCCGUGUAAAGAAAGAUGAGUAUGAAUUUUUCACCUACCUGGAUCAACGUAGUCUGCCUACUCUGACCAACAUCAUUAAGAUCUUGAGACAAGAAAUUGGUGCCACUGUCCAUGAACUUUCCCGGGAUAAGAAAAAAGACACAGUGCCCUGGUUCCCCAAAACCAUCCAAGAGCUUGACAGAUUUGCCAACCAGAUUCUGACCUAUGGAGCAGAACUGGAUGCAGACCACCCGGGAUUUACAGAUCCUGUGUACCGGGAAAGACGGAAGCAGUUUGCUGACAUCGCCUAUAACUAUAGACAUGGACAACCUAUUCCUCGAGUGGAAUACACAGAGGAAGAAAAGAAAACUUGGGGCACAGUGUUCAGAAACCUGAAAUCUCUGUAUAAAACUCAUGCUUGCUAUGAGCACAAUCAUAUUUUUCCACUUCUGGAAAAGUACUGUGGCUUCCAUGAGGACAACAUCCCCCAGCUGGAAGAGGUUUCUCAGUUCCUGCAGACUUGCACUGGUUUCCGCCUCAGGCCUGUAGCUGGUCUACUUUCCUCUCGGGACUUCUUGGCUGGCCUGGCCUUCCGCGUUUUCCACUGCACCCAGUAUAUCAGACAUGGAUCCAAGCCCAUGUAUACACCUGAACCAGACAUCUGCCAUGAGCUGUUAGGACAUGUGCCUCUGUUUUCAGAUCGAAGUUUUGCCCAGUUUUCUCAGGAAAUUGGCCUUGCCUCUCUGGGUGCUCCUGAUGAGUAUGUUGAGAAACUCGCCACUAUUUACUGGUUUACUGUGGAAUUUGGGCUCUGCAAGCAAGGUGGUUCCAUCAAGGCAUAUGGUGCUGGUCUCCUUUCUUCCUUUGGUGAAUUGCAGUACUGCUUAUCUGACAAGCCAACGCUGCUUCCUCUGGAUCUGGAGAAGACAUCUAUACAGCCAUAUACUGUCACUGAGUUCCAACCCCUCUACUACGUGGCUGAGAGUUUUAAUGAUGCCAAAGAGAAAGUGAGAAAUUUUGCUGCUACAAUUCCACGACCCUUCUCGGUUCGUUAUGACCCAUACACCCAAAGUGUUGAGUUCCUGGACAAUACCCAGCAACUUAAAAUUUUGGCUGACUCCAUUAAUGGUGAAAUUGGAAUCCUUUGCAGUGCCCUCCAGAAAAUAAAGUGAAUCCAUGGGAGAGAGCCUGGUCUAUCAAAUAAGAAUCUGUUGAUGGCGAUCCAAUUACUUUUUUGAUUUCAUCUAAAAAAUAGAAACUAUUUUG